AUGGCGAAUCCGGAAGAUCUCGUCGCCGUUGUGGAACAACUCGUCCAACGAGUCGCCUCUCUGACCGACAAACUUGGGGAAACAAACAAGCAGCUACAGAGCCUCGCAGAAGGCUCCGGCUCAUCGAGGAGUGCACCGACGGAACCUUACGCGAUCCCGAAAGGCUUCUUCAUCGAGUCAGACGUACGUCUGCGGAGAAUUGUGACUACGCAACACGACGUAGAUGUGGUUCGUAAACGUCUCGAACUUCAUGGGUCCCUGCGCUGCAAAGUGAUCACCAUCCUCGACGCGCCAGUCUUGGUCCUUGACCACUUCGGUUCUAGGAUCCAAUUUCCAUAUCCGCGUGGCCAGAUACCGCUGCGCGGCACUGCUGUCCCCGAAUUUUCAAAAGACCAGCUAAGAUCUCUUCUUGAAGAGGAGCUUGCCCAAUGGCCCUGGCAGCAUGCGGCUGACUAUUUCCUGCCGAGGGCGCAAAGAAAAACGCGCUUGUUGGUGGAUAGGAGCCCCAGCUCCCAUCCACUCCUCAAGAAGCAAUCUCACUGGUUUACUCAGAAUUCGCAGGGGGUAAUUCGUCGGCGAGGGCGUGAAGAACUGUCCUCCAGCGUCUCUUCCAGAGGAUCAUUGCAACCAUCUCCGUCUAGGGAUUUCCAGCACCCGGACGGUAUAGGGAACGUCUUUGUGUUGGACCACCAUUCUCGCUGCUUCCAGGUUGCGUUCUAUGAACCUGAGACCUGGGAAGACUUAAACCUGGCCGAAUUGCGCCAGCUCCGCGGAUUCUUGUUGAAUCGCAGGAUCGUCGUCCUGACGGAAAACCACCUUGUUAUAGACACCGAACACCUACAAGAGCCCAAGGACGGCCCGGUAGUCGUCAAAGGGUUCGCGGCGGGUAUUCACCUGUUCCAACUUGUCGUCUACAAGUCGAUAGAGCAUUGGUUUGAGGGAUGGGAAGGCUGCUUAUGGUGGCUGGACAAAGAAUGCGGCAUCAAGGUCAAGGAUACAUUGGACGAGGGCAAGAUGGAGGGUUUAAUGUUCGACCAGUCAUUCCAGCUAUCAAAGAAAUAUUUUCUUAGCCUCCAGAACCUUCGCAUCUUCCGGGGAGAGGUCCCGAAUCAGCGAAAAUCAAUCGAAGCUAUGGCCAAGGAUUUCUCAGACGAUAUUUGGAUUAGAGAUAAGUUGCUAGGUCUUCCAGAGAUGAGCCUCGAGCAUCCGUUCCUGGCCGAGGAAAUCCGUACCUUGCAAGCGAACAUGAAUGUCAUUGUGGCCUAUCACGGCGAAUUAGAGAGGAAGCUUCUGGAGAGAAUUGCCGCCAAGGCCGAAGAGAUCGAGGGACUCCGCGAUGCGCUCUUCAAUGCCACAGCGCUCCGUGAAGCCUCCGAAUCCUCGAAAAUGGGCCGAUACAUAUUCGCCUUUACCGUCGCCACUAUCAUCUACCUCCCUCCCAGCUUUAUUGCCACGGUGUUCGGGACCGACCUGUUUCAUGAAGAGGUUGUCGGAGACACCAUCGCCAAGUUUAGGAACGCAACCAUCACCUUGUCUCUUGGCACCUAUGUCAUUGCCUUUCUCGCCCUCUGGGGUGUUUAUAAGAUGCACGCCGUGGAACCCUUUCUUAAACGGAGAAGAGAUCUCUUGACCAAGCCAUUGGAGGCCUAG